UAUUUUAUUUUAUUCCUAAGAGCCUCCGAAAAGAAGAUGUGGUCUUCGUGCAUUUAACUGACCAGCCCCUCCACAUCUCAUAGGACACUCUUAAACCUCUCCGGUCUCCACCACCAUGACGAAACCCCUCCUCCCUCCCUCUCUCUCUGUCUCUCUGUAGCCCGCUAAGCGUCUACCAUAACUUGUUCUCCCCUCGUCCUCCCUCACAGAACGCAUCUCAAUCGCAAGCCCAAGUCACCUACGAUGGCGGCUGGAUUAUCCGCCGUUCCCGUCUUCAAACCCUUCCCUUAUUUCCGCGCUUCCAAUCACUUCCCGAAGCCCAUGCCCACUUCACUCUUUUCGAUCCCUUCUGCAGCUCGAUAUCCCAGUUUAUUCCAUGGUGGUCUAAGGAAAACCAACGUUGCUGUCUGUUUCGUCCUCGAAGAUACAAAACAGAGUGUCCAGAUCGAUAAUCUCCAGUCGGAUCAGUCCGAAGAAGUGAAUUACCAGAUCUUGACGCCUCGUGCAGCGGAGAGAUUGGCGAGGAAGAAAUCGGAGAUGUUUACUUACUUGGUUGCUGCUAUGAUGUCUAGUUUUGGGAUUACUUCCAUGGCUGUUAUGGCUUGUUACUAUAGAUUUUAUUGGCAAAUGGAGGGAGGAGAGGUGCCUUUACUGGAAAUAUUUAGCACAUUUUCUCUAUCAGUGGGCGCUGCUGUGGGAAUGGAAUUUUGGGCAAGGUGGGCUCAUAGAGCUCUCUGGCAUGCUUCCUUGUGGCAUAUGCACGAGUCGCAUCAUCGACCCAGAGAAGGUCCAUUUGAGCUAAACGAUGUAUUUGCAAUAAUAAACGCAAUUCCAGCUAUUGGCCUUCUUUCCUUCGGCUUCUUCAACAAGGGCCUAUUUCCUGGUCUUUGUUUUGGAGCUGGUCUUGGAAUUACGGUGUUUGGGAUGGCCUACAUGUUUGUACACGAUGGUCUUGUUCACAAGAGAUUCCCUGUGGGUCCCAUUGCCAACGUGCCAUAUUUCAGGAAGGUCGCUGCCGCCCACCAGGUAAAUUUCAAUGGGGUGAUGAUGCUGUGCCUUGCGGGACCAUUAUUACCUUUAGCUACUGACUCACUGCAUCACUCGGAUAAAUUCAAUGGAGUCCCAUAUGGGUUAUUCCUGGGACCUAAGGAAGUUGAAGAAGUUGGAGGCCAUGAAGAGUUGGAAAAAGAGAUCAAUAGGAGAAUAAAAUUGCAGAAAGGCAGCUGAUGAGAUCAGUUUCUGGACGACUUGUUAAUUUAAAGAAACAAUAGUGGUUAUUACAAAAGGAGAUUAGGGUUAUCAAAUUUUCAAUUAAUUACUUCCCACUGUGUUUGAGCCCCUAGAAUUAGGUAUCCACUGUUUUCAGCUUCAGAUUGUAAAUGUGUUUGACUAUAAUACACAUCUUAUUAA